AUGUCUUUGCAAACAGACUCGAGCAUUCAGUUGUCCACGCCCAUACUGAACAUGCUUAGAUGGGCGUCUGGAGCAUUCCAGCUCUCCGCAGGCUGCGUUAUGAUUCAGCCAUCCACCGGCAAACUUGUCGUCGUCCAGGACGCAAAGACAAAGCAGUGGUUUCUCCCAAGAGGUCGCAAGGAUGUAGGCGAGACACUAGAACAAGCCGCAUUUCGAGAAGGAUACGAGGAGAGUGGAUACAAACCAGAACCGCUUCCAUUGUUACUCCCCCACCGUCAGCCACCAUCUCCGGAGCAAGUCAAGCGUCGGAAGGAGAAUCCCAACGACCUGACGCAGUGGCUCACCACCACAGAGCCAGUCUAUAUCACCACGAUGCCUGUACGUACACCACGGAGAAGCUACGAGUAUCAUACCUUUUGGUAUGCAGCCAGCAUCCCAGCAGAUGCAGUGCGCGAGGAGAAUACAGGCAUGGAAGACGAAAAGGACUAUAUCGGCAAACUCUUAUCGUUAGAAGAAGCCGUAAAUGUCCUAGGAGAACCAGAAAACUACGUCGUGUGGUUCACUCACGAGACGUGGAAGAAGACAGAAGAACAGCUGAAAGAGAACUAG